AUGUUGAGCCCCAAAAUGCAAAGAUGCGUUCGGGUGGUUGACAAUCAAUUGCUGAUGUUAUCGGAUCGUGCACGCACAGACAGUACUUUAACUGGCAAUUUACAUAAAAAAGUUUCGGAUAGUGGCAGAUGGAAAAACCGAUACUUCGUUCUUUACCAGAAUAUACUCUUCUACUAUGACCAUGAAAGUUGUACGAAACCAUCUGGUGUUAUAUUAUUGGAAGGGAGUUACUGCUCAAGGUUGGAUUUUUCUAGUGGAGCAUCAAAACUAACGGGAAAAAUUCAACCGGAAAAAGAACAUUGUUUCGUAAUUUCUUACAACCAUCCACAAAUGCGACAAUACGAAUUUCGUGCGUCAUCUGAAACUGCUUGUAAAACAUGGGUCAAUGCAUUAAAACAAGCCAGCUUCAAUAAGUUAUUAUUGCAAAAAGAAGAACUCGAGCAGAGGCAUUUGCAUUUAUUACAAGUUGUAGAAAGUGAAAUGACUGCAAAAUGGCAAUAUACACAACAAUGCGAAGAAUUGGCUAGUGAAAUAAAAAAAUUACGAGCAGAAGUAUUGCCCCUAAAAAAGGAACUAAAGCCAAUGAAUUCGUAUGGUGGUUCAAGUACUGGUUCGUUUGAUGGAGGAAUUACUGGUUCUUUUUCGAGGAGGCAAUCUAAAGAUAGUUUCAUAUUCAAUGAUCAAACAACAUUCAAUGUACAAGACUCGAUCGAAAUGCGAAAAAUUAAAAAAGUUCAAAGUUUUUUUAGAGGGUGGUUAUGUAGAAGACGAUGGAAACAAAUCGUUGAACAGUACAUAAAAAGUCCUCAUGCUGAAAGUAUGAGAAAGCGAAACAGUCUUGUUUUUCGAAUGGUAGAAGCUGAAGAAGAAUACGUUGGUCAACUAGAAGUAUUAGUAACAUGCUUUCUGCGACCUUUGCGUAUGGCAGCUAGCUCGAAAAAACCACCAUGUACUCAUGAAGAUAUCAGUUCUAUUUUCUUGAACAGUGAGACUGUAUUAUUUUUACAUCAAAUAUUUUACAAAGGACUGACGACCAGAAUGGAAAACUGGCCAACAUUAAUUUUAAGUGAUCUCUUUGACAUACUACUGCCUAUGCUGACAAUCUAUCAAGAAUACGUUAGAAACCAUCAUUAUAGUUUACAAGUGUUAACAGAAUGUAAACAGAAUCCUGCAUUUGUUAAUCUUUUAGAACGUCUAGAAAAUAAGCCAGCAUGUCAUGCUCGAUCACUAGAAAAUUUUUUAAUAGUGCCAAUGCAUCAAAUUCCUAGAUACAUAAUAACUCUUCAUGAGAUUUUGGCUCAUACACCACAUGAUCAUGUCGAACGAAAAAGUUUGCAAAUGGCUUGUCAAAAAUUAGAAGAUUUAAGUAGACAAAUUCAUGAUGAAGUUAGCGAAACCGAAAAUUUGAGAAAAAAUCUUUCUAUUGAAAGAAUGAUUAUUGAAGGCUGUGAUAUACUACUAGAUGUCAAUCAAAUAUUUGUUAGACAGGGUACAUUAGUGCAGAUUCCAACAACAAGAAAAAAAAGCAGGAUUCCGCAUUUUAAAUCAGAAAAAGAAGCGAUCAGGCAAUGUUUUCUGUUUACAAAUCAUAUGAUAAUUACUACAAGAACAACAAGUGGUAAAUUGCAUUUAGCGCCAGAAGUCGGCAAAAUAUCAUUAGCUGAAUGUCGAUUAAUUGAGGAUCCUAAUGAAAAAGAAGAUGACAAUAAUCAAGGUGAAAUUGAAACUCAAGAAAGCAAUAACGAAGCUGCUGAUGAUUCAGCUGGAACUAGUCAUUCAAGUGAUAUCGAAAACAGUGAUUGUGAAGGUUUAAAAUAUUCUUCAAGUCCAAGUCCAAGUCCCAGUCCUAAGCCUCAAAACUACGAUUUUCAAUUAUACAUCGAUUGCAAGUCUACUACCCCACUCACUGUUCAUUUAUAUGCACCUUCAUUGCAAGAAAAAACAGCUUGGGUCAGUGAUAUCAGCCAGUGUAUUGAAAAUCUGAGAUUUGACGCAAUGCUUCGAAAUUCUAUGUCAGAUACGUCUUCAGUUACGAUGCCCCAUUCAAUGCGUAAUGACCCAAAACUUUUUAAAGACGACAAAGACAUAAAAUUUAGUAAAUAUUAUAACUCCUGCAGGAUACCACGAAUUCAUCACGCAACAAAAGAAAAACUAAUAUCAAGAUUAGUGGACUUGAGAUUUCUGUCUAUAGAUUUUCUUAAUACAUUUUUAUUGACUUAUAGAGUCUUUACCGAUGGAGUCACAAUUUUGGAAGCUUUAAAAAAAGUGUUUUACAAUAAUGAAGUCGAUAUUUAUGAUACCAGCUGCCAACCAAGUAGUUUGUCGGUGGAUAAGGGAGAAACUCAUGACAGUCAUCAUUUAACGACUGGAGAAAGAGAGCGAAGAAGAUCUAGUGUAAUUUCGUCUCCUCGAAGGACUAGUGCGGCCAGUUCUGUAUCUGGUUACUGUUCAGAAAUUAGUGAAAGAGAUCGAAGCAGUAGUGUCGAUUAUCAACAGGGACAGAGAACAGGAAGAAAAUAUAGUUUUCGUAAACUUGAAGAAGAAGAGAGAAAAGUAAAGAUGAUGUCUGAGGAGUAUAGUUCUACUACUAGUUUAUACCAACAAACUACUCCCAGAAGAAAAGUCAGUAUAAGAAUUGAAGACACUGCUGAUACCUGUCAUUUAGCACCACCUACUAUGGUCAAAGCAACAUCAUCUUCCAGUAAUGAAACUUUAACAGGAGAUAACCAACAAACUGUUACUGCAGUUUCUCCUUGUAGUAAUAAUAGUAAUAACAGUAGCUCGACGUUAGUAGCAGCUACUUCAAAUUUGGAUAGAAGUUCUAAUGAAACUACUACUUUUAGUUCAUCUAAAGUAUCACCACCCGAACGAAAAGUUCAAUCGCCUUCAAAACUACACGGAUUUCCUAUUCAUCAUGGACAUGCUAUCAAAAUUGGAACAAUUAUUACUGAUGCAGCCAAAGAGUUCGUGGAAAAAUUUCAUCCGGAAAAACACUUUUAUACUCCACAGCCACGCAGAAGAAGUUGGUUUACUCACGAAAGUACUCAGUUUAGAAGAAAAAAGAGUUUGGGAGUGUAUGAUGAUGAGACAGGUAACACAGACGAGAACGAAUGGUUAAGUAAUAUUCAUAGCGCGUCGUCAUCAAGAUCAGCAUCGUUAGUAAAUUCUAGUAUAGCACAGUACUUCUCUAGAAGAAAAUCAUUUGCUUGUACAGCUGAUGCAGAUGGAUGUUAUAGUAGUAGUAUAUCACAAAGAACUAGUAUGCAACAUGAUAGCCCACUAUUAACAAGUAGGGCUGGAGUUGUUAUUACAUCAUCUAGGCAAUCGAAAAGAAGAACAGGAAGGCCGGAAUUUGGGAGCAGUACGUCCACUGCAGCUGCUGCUUUUGCAAUUGCUACAUCAGCUUCAAGUAACCCUCGAGAACUAUCUCCUUUACAUGAUCAAAAGUGUUGUUCAGCAGAAAGAAAAAGAAAAGAAUCAGUUAUGUCAACGGCAGCAACAAUGAGAGUCUUAAACGUUUUAAAGCAUUGGAUAUCAAAGCAUCCACAAGACUUUGAAAAUGAACCACGCCUCAAAAAUAUGACAAUAGAUUUUUUAGAGGACAUACUCUUCAGCCCAAAUCUUUUACCAGCUGAACAUAAAAUAGCUGGACAGUUACUUCGCUUGCUUACAAUGGAUGAAACAAAAAAAAAUAUUAUAGAUCUAAAUAUGUUACUCAUCCCAACUCAGAUACCGAGCAUAGAGAAUAUUGAUACUUUAUCAGCUUUAGAAAUAGCUGAGCAAAUGACAUACAUUGAUCAUCAAAUAUUCAUAAGAAUUCAAAGCCAGGAAUUUUUCGGACGCGCAUGGAUGAAAGAUGAUAAAAACAUAAAAGCUCCACAUAUAAUUCUCAUGACCAAAAGGUUUAAUGAAAUAUCACAGUUGGUUGCUUCAGAAAUAAUGCGAAAGAACAAUAUAGCUGCUAGAGUUGUAACUAUUGAAAAAUGGGCAGCGGUAGCUGAUAUAUCUAAAUGCUUACAUAAUUUUAAUGGUGUUCUUCAAAUAUGCUCCGCAUUCACAAACAGCUCUGUAUUUCGUCUAAAAAAAACAUGGGAAAAAGUUUCAAAAGCUACAAAACAAUCAGUUCAAAAGUUGCAAAUAAUUGUGUCAUCUGACGGAAGGUUCAGAAACCUCCGAGAAGCUUUACACAGAUGCGAUCCACCGUGUAUACCUUACCUAGGGAUGUACUUAAGUGACUUAUCGUUUUUAGAAGAAGGAACACCCAGCUUGGCGGAGGAUGGUUUGUUGAACUUUUCAAAACUACGCAUGAUUGCUCACGUAGUUCAGGAAAUCCGUCGAUUUCAACAAACGCCGUACAAAAUAGAUUUUCAAUCAAGGGUAGCUAAUUACCUAUUGGAUACAUCUUUCUUAAUGAAUGAAGAUGAACUGUAUACUAGAUCAUUAGAAAUUGAACCUAGACCAUCUAGGUUGAGUAUAACAACUCUUUCUAAUACACCUCAUCAACAAAAUCAAUGACGACGGUUCAGCGUUAAGAGGAACCAGACUACAUGUUUUAAAUGAAUGGAAGUAAACGAUGGUAGAUGAAUAGAUGGCUGAUUGAUGUGGAGUCAUAUACAUCUUCUUUAAAUUACAUUUUAAAUAUAGGAAGUAUAGUUUUCAUACAGCUUUACUAACUCUACUGUCAGAAACAAAGUUUCCAUCCUUUUACUAAAAAUAAGGUCUAGUUCUUCGUAAACGCUCUAUUUCUUGCGAAAAGGAUCGCUUUUCAAUUAUUUUAAUUCUUUUUUACGAUCCUUAUCUAACUAUCGGCUUAUAUUUUACUUAAAAAGUCAUAAUAUAAUUAUAUAUAAAUUACUGUGUAUAAGUUUAAUUAUUCUAAUAUUAUUCGAAUUUUUUUGUAAUUUUGUCUUCCAUAACUCGAAGAAAUUAAUAUGAAAAAUACAAUACAAGUCAUGUUUUUCUUUAAUAGUUGUUCAUAACUCAAAAAAGUGAUACUAUAUACUAAAUAUUACUACUUCCUAAAAAGUUCAUUGACAUUCUAAAUAGCUAAUAUAUAGAAUUUUGUAUAAUAUUGACAUGCCCAUUCUCCAAAUGGGCUAUAUUAUUAGCAAUUAUAAAUAGAUCGAGUUGCUCAAACACGUUUACAAGAAACAAUAUAAAUUAUUGUUUUUAUGCUUCAUACAAAUAUAUAUGAAACAACAUUUUUUUCUAUAAAAUUCGAUAAGUAUUUUAAUCAUAUGUAGAAGAUUUUGUUUUUCCAGUAUUUCUAAAUAAAUAAAUAAAUUUGGAAGGCAAUUUAGUAAUAAAAUGUUUUAAUUAUUUUUAAUACUUAAAUUAAUUUCCUUACCAUCAAAAGUACAAUCAAUAAAAGUUAAUAAUUUAUCUCAGAUAAAAAUAUUAUUAAAUCAAAUUAAUUUUUUGAAUUAUGAGAAUGGCUCUCAUUUAUUAGUACAUUUUGUACUAACAUGUAAUUUUAAUUGAAUAUUAUUUUAAUAAUUUAUUAAAAACUUAAUUUAUCUAACUUAAUUUCUCUUCUUAUACUCGCUUAAAAAUUUACUUUAUAUUAGCUUUAGAAAAUUAAUUUUGCGCAAAAAGUAAUUAACUUUAUUAUCAAAAUGAAUAAAAUACAUUAACUAAUUGUAAUAUAUAGAAGUUCAUUGAAAAAAUAUAUAUAAUAUUUAUAAAAUCAAUUCAGUGUUACAGCUAAAUUCGAAUUGUAACUUAAGAUUUAUUAUAUAAUCAAUGACAGUUUGAGUAAUGCAUUAUGUACCUAUUAUUAGAACUACUCAUUAUGACAAAUGCUUCACUUGCAAUAGUUAAGGUUCUUUAUUACCAAAAUAAUACAUACAUUAUGUGCAUUUAUUCAGUGACUAUUCAUAAAUUAUAUAAUUAUAAUCUUGUUGUAAAUUAUGGUAUAAUAACUUAAAUGGUGAUUAACUUGUGUGAUAAUAACUAAUUAUUUUUAAUUAGAUCUUUUUCUAUAUCUUCUUGUUUCUCAUUGUAUAUUAUAACAUCAAACUGUUGUUGGGAUAAAUCAACCUAUAAAAAACUUUAAGCAGUGUUAAAAAUGUCAGUUUAUAAUUUUUAUUUGGAAAUUUUUCUUGUUAAUUCAUGGUUGUAUAAAAUAUUUAAAAAUACUUUAUGUACAAUAAUUGUUAAAUUUUUUUUAUUAUAUAAAUUAAUUAUUCUCUGUAUAAUUAUUAUAUAAAUAAAGAUUUCUUAAUUAAGUAUACAUGCUAAAUAAAUUUUAAGGUUACAUAUAAUUCAAUUUAUUUUUCAAAUGACAAUCAAACAUAAUAAACACUAAUCUUAACAUAUGAAUCAAUAAAAUAUAAUUUAUAGGGGUGUAAUAUAAUUAUAAAAUAGACAUAUUACACAUGACAAAUACCAUUAAAUUAAGUAAUUUAUUUUUAUGCGUGUUUUUUUAUUUUAGGGCUUCAAUAACAAUUUUGUCAAUUAUUAAAAUAUAAUAAUGAUUAAUUAAACAAUUUAUACAGGAAUUAUAUUAAUAUUAUUAUGUAAAAUAAUAAACAGUAUACAGAACAUUCAGUAUGAAAGGAAACAGGUCAGUUGUUACAAACGAUGAGAGCAAUAUAAACCCAUUUCCUUACUUAUUGAACACUCGAUAUAAUAUAUAAAUUACAAAAAGAAAAUUUACUACCAAUACUAGAAAAAAAUAAUUAAUUUUUAAUAACUAAUACAUUUUUUUCUCGUUCUGACAAUAGAGUGACUUGAAAAGAAUUAAUUUGAAGCCAAUUAAUU